AUUUGUUUUUAUCCGUCUGCUCACCUAUCGUUACUCUGUUUAUAUUUUGUGUAAGGAAAACGCAAUAAUAUUAAAUUUUAAUAUACGACAACUGAAAUUGAUAUAAUAAAAAUAACGAAUUUAAAAUUGCAACUCUAUUUUUUAUAUGAAUUGUGCAUAUAUUUUAAAACCAGUCGUAGUUGUUAUGCGCAACACAACAACUUGUUGGAAAUAACUAUUAAUUUUUAUUACUUAUUGUAUACCAGACCUUAAAUUUUUGAUGAUUUUGCAAUAAAAUGCCAAUACAGAAUGACAACCCUCCUGCAGAAGAUGAGGAAAUCAUAAACAAAACAGUCCCUGCCAUUAAACAGAGUCCUGCCGUAUCAACGAAUAUCAUCGAAACUGAAGGUGCUGCUAGUAUGAUGUUUCAUUCUGCUCGUGCUGGUCUUUUGUCGGAUGUACCACAACCUAGUGCUAGUGUUGCAUCAUAUCGUGGAGCUGCUGGUGGUACUGAGGGUGGAGUUGUGGGCCGAGCCAGAUUCCGAAAUCAAAACCGUAGCCGUUCUCAUUCAGCGUCUUCCACCGACAGUUUUGGUUCUACGCACAGCUCUUCAUCUUAUUGCGACACUAGUUCUGAUGAAGAGGGUAAAAUGCCCCGAGACAAGCACCAAGUCAACUCGGCUGGUGCCUCAGAUUUCUGUGUCAAGAAUAUCAAGCAGAGUGCUUUUGGACGACGUGAGAUAGAGAUUGCUGAACAGGAGAUGCCUGGUAUCAUGUCUUUGAGGCAAAGAGCUAACACUGAGGGAGACAGGCCACUAAAAGGAGCCAAAAUCACAUGCUGCACACACAUCAAUGCUCAAACAGCUGUCCUUAUUGAAACUUUGAUUGCUUUAGGAGCCAGUGUUCGAUGGGCAGCUUGCAAUAUUUAUUCAACUCAGAAUGAAGUUGCUGCUGCUGUUGCUGAAUCUGGUGUUCCAGUAUAUGCAUGGAGAGGAGAGAGCGAAGAGGACUUCUGGUGGUGCAUAGAUAAGUGCAUAUAUGCUGAUAAUUGGCAGCCAAAUAUGAUUUUAGACGAUGGAGGUGACGCCACACACUUAAUGUUAAAAAAAUACCCAGCCAUGUUCCGUGGAAUUAAAGGUAUUGUUGAAGAAAGUGUUACUGGUGUACAUCGUCUCUAUCAGUUAUCAAAAUCUGGGAAGUUGACAGUACCUGCAAUGAAUGUUAAUGAUUCUGUAACUAAAACGAAAUUCGACAAUCUAUAUAGCUGCAGGGAGAGUAUUCUUGAUGCUUUGAAGCGUUCAACUGAUGUUAUGUUUGGUGGAAAACAUGUUCUUGUCUGUGGGUAUGGUGAGGUUGGAAAGGGCUGUUGUUCUGCUUUGAAAGGAAUGGGAUCUGUUGUUUGUGUUUCAGAAAUUGAUCCUAUCUGCGCUCUGCAAGCUUGCAUGGAUGGUUUUAGAGUUGUUAAAGUGGGAGAAGUGGUACGACAUAUCGAUGUAUUGAUUACAGCUACUGGGAAUAAAAAUGUUGUGACCAGAGAGCACAUGGAUAAAAUGAAAAAUGGUUGCAUUCUUUGUAAUAUGGGCCAUUCAAAUACUGAAAUUGAUGUGCAAAGUUUAAAAGGUCUAACAUGGGAGAAGGUUCGAUCACAAGUGGAUCAUAUUAUAUGGCCUGAUGGAAAAAGAAUAAUUCUCUUAGCUGAGGGCCGUCUUGCCAAUCUGAGCUGUUCCACUAUUCCUUCAUUUGUUGUAUCCAUUACAGCAUCUACUCAAGCUCUAGCUCUUAUUGAAUUAUUUAGUGCUGCUGCUGGGAGGUACAAAGGAGAUGUUUAUCUUCUGCCCAAAAAAAUGGAUGAGUAUGUUGCAAGUCUUCAUUUGCCUACAUUUGAUGCCCACCUGACUGAAAUGACAGAUGAACAAGCUCGAUAUAUGGGCUUAAACAAAGCUGGCCCUUUCAAACAAGCAUAUUAUAGAUAUUAAAAGUUUUAGAUCAGGUGAAGUCCAUUAAAUGUGAAAGUUUAUCAUAAGGUCCAAUACAGGGUUUGAUUGAGUUACUAUCAUUCCAGAUCUUUCUUGUGAGGAAAUUGUGCAAAGUUGAGGUGUCUUAUGUCAGUGCUACAGUUUUAAAUAUUGUAGCGCAUUGAUUUAUAUUUAGAUAUUACCUCAAUAUUGUUUCUUUUCAUAAUAUUACGCAUUCAUCAAUUUCUUUUUUUUUUUUCAUUUCUUAAAGGUGAUUUUUGUUUACUAUGUGUUCAUUGUGUGUGUGUGUUUUUUUAAUGUGUUCUGUGUUAUCUAUGCUUUUAGUAUUAUUAUGUUCAUAUAUUUUGCUGCCUUCUUGAAAUGAGCUCGUCAAAAUAUGUACUUGCCAACUUGAUUUGCUGUCUGUAUCAAGUUUUGAAG